AUGCCAAAACUGAUCGGGUCAGUCCAAGACAUUAUUGAGGUUUUUGAAAAAUAUGCCAAGCAGGACUGCAGCCACGCCAAACUGAACAAACAGGAGCUCAACCUUCUGAUUCAGAAUGAGUUUGCAGAUGUCAUUAAGAACCCCAAAGACCCCAAUACCAUCUCAACUUUGCUUAAAAUUCUUGACGAGAACAAUGACGGGGAAGUGGACUUCAAUGAAUUUUGUGACCUUCUCUGCAGAGUACUGAAAACUUAUUACAAGGUUGUGUAUGAAUCAGAUGCCGCAUGCCGACAAGAUUCAUCGGUCACACAAGGUGAUAAGACAACGCAGGAUUCAUCACAGAAAAGUGAUGCCCCUCCUAAAUAUUACCAGAAUCCUCUCUACCCCAAGCCUUUUUACGGCUCUCAAGGUCAGUCUUCAUACCAAGGCCAAAGUAGAAGUAGUGUGGGUCAAAGUGGUGGGCAAAUAUUGGGGAGGUGCCACCUAUACAUCAGGUGCCCCCCAAUCAUGCGGAGAUCCUGAUGUGCCUACAGAAGAUAGCUCAACUCAGACUGAUGAUCGCAAGGCUCCAGCUACACAGGCAGAUUCCACAACAUCUCAAGUUAGUACCACCACCUCCUCUUCCAGUUCCCAGCAGAGCCAACAGGGAACAUAUCAAACAGGUAUCACCACCUCAUCCACCCGUGACCAGCAGAGCCGACAGGGAUCUGAUCAAACAUCCCAAGUAGGUACCACCUCCUCCAGUUCUCAGCAGAGCCAACAGGGAACAUACCAAACAGGUACCACCUCAUCCUCCAGCACCCAGCAGAGCCAACAAGGAACAGAUCAAACAUCCCAAGUAGGUACCACCUCCUCCAGUUCCCAGCAGAGCCAACAGGGAACAUGUCAAGCAGGUACUGACUCAUCCACCAGCACCCAGCAGAGUCAACAAGGAACAGAUCAAACAUCCCAAGCAGGUACUACCUCCUCCAGCUCACAGCGAAGUCAGCAGGGAACAUACCGAAGAUCUCAAGUAGGUGACACCACCACUUCCUCUUCCACAUCUCAGCAGAGCCAACAGGGAACAUGUCAAGCAGGUACUGACUCAUCCACCACCAGCACCCAGCAGAGUCAACAAGGAACAGAUCAAACAUCCCAAGUAGGUACCACCUCCUCCAGCUCACAGCGAAGUCAGCAGGGAACAUACCGAACAUCUCAAGUAGGUGACACCACUACUUCCUCUUCCACUUCUCAGCAGAGCCAACAAGGAACAUGUCAAGCAGGUACUGACUCAUCAACCAGCACCCAGCAGAGCCAACAAGGAACAGAUCAAACAUCCCAAGUAGGUACCACCUCCUCCAGCUCACAGCGAAGUCAGCAGGGAACAUACCAAACAUCCCAAGUAGGUGACACCACCACUUCCUCUUCCACUUCUCAGCAGAGCCAACAGGGAACAUGUCAAAUAGGUACCACCACAUCCUCCAGUGCCCAGCAGAGCCAACAGGGAUCAGAUCAAACAUCUCAAGUAGGUACCACCUCCUCCAGUUCUCAGCAGAAACAGCAGGGGGCAAAUCAAACAGGUACCACCACAUCCUCCAGUGCCCAGCAGAGCCAACAGGGAUCAGAUCAAACACCUAAAAUAGGUACCACCUCCUCCAGUUCUCAGCAGAGCCAACAGGGAACAUAUCAAACAGGUACCACCUCAUCCUCCAGUGCCCAGCAGGGCCAACAGGGAUCAGAUCAAACAUCUCAAGUAGGUACCACCUCCUCCAGUUCUCAGCAGAGCCAACAGGGAACAUAUCAAACAGGUACCACCUCAUCCUCCAGUGCCCAGCAGGGCCAACAGGGAUCAGAUCAAACAUCUCAAGUAGGUACCACCACAUCCUCCAGUUCUCAGCAGAGCAAACAGGGAAUAUACCAAAUAUCUCAAGUAGGCGAUACCCCCCCACUUCCACUACUCCCAAGCCUCGAUAUUACCAACAAAGUCAAAAUCAGAUUACUCUGUCUGACUCCACUAUUACUUCCCAGUCCCAAAGCCAACAAGACACCUCCAUCACCACUGCUCAAUCUAACAAGGAGAGUAAAGACCAAACAUCUGCACAAGGUAGCUUGCAACAAGACCAACAGGAACCCCAGAAGUUCUACCAACAUGCAGUAUAUUUACCUCCCCCAACUCUGGGUCAAAGAUCUCAACCCUCACAACAGCCACCUUCCUACUCUGAAAUCCAACAAGGCUCAGCAAUUAGCCAACAACGCCCAAAGCAGUACCAAGAAACCCAACAACCCCCACAGCAGUACCAAGAAACCCAACAACCCCCAAAGCAGUACCAGGAAACCCAACAACCCCCAAAGCAGUACCAGGAAACCCAACAACCCCCAAAGCAGUACCAGGAAACCCAACAGCCCCCACAGCAGUACCAAGAAACCCAACAACCCCCACAGCAGUACCAAGAAACCCAAAAACCCCAUUUUUAUCAGUGCCACAAGAAAAACAUGU